GUAGUAACAUUGAUAACAGCACAAGCUCUGUACAGCAGAAACAAUCACAUGUGAUUAAAGCAUGCGAGCACACUGCCAGUGUGCAAGGACCGUGCCAGCAUUCACCUUGCAUUAGUGACGCUCAAGAUUCACAAGCUGCUGCAGUUGGUAUGGACAAUAUAUCAACUCCGAAGCGUAAUCAGGCUUGCCAUUCUAUCUCCUUCAUUCAAGGAUUUGAGCCAUCAAAACUGGACAUGAAUGUUUACUUAGCACUGGAGAAUGUGACUGUACCUCACACAUAUCCUAAUGUCAUUGCUUUCAAAAAACUUGUAGAAAGUUAUUCCGAGUCUGUCAGAAAAAGUUGGAAAACACCGAUCAGAUUAAGGCGACAUUGGCCAUGGGGCCAAGAACAUGAAUCCAGUCCUCUGAUUGGUGGAAGAUCUGAUGUGAAAGCUUACAAUAUCUCGCAAUCUCUUUCGCCAACUUUUGAAAGGAGGAGAGUAUUUUCAUCUGGUAGCAAUGCUCGAGACAUUAAAGAAAAGUUGUUUAUUGACGCUACAUGAGUUCAUCUGAAUCUAUCGUAUAACGGUUAUGAUACUUACCUGCCCAUUCCAAUUGAAUUUAACAGUGGCGGAUCUAUUCCUUUACCUUUUGUGGGGUCCAGGGGCUGUUCUCCCUAGAGGCUUCACAGUUUUAGCCGUUUUAAUAUCUCAUCUUAAAAAUUCAAAUCCUCUCAUCUCAAAAUAAACCCUUUUACCACUGCCUGAAUCUGCAAGGCAAUGGUGGUCAUAAAUAUGGGUUAUUUUUCAUUUUAUUUCACUUGUAAUUUGCAACUUAACUUAGAGGGACAAAUAUAGUUUUUGAUUAAAUACUGAUGGACACACCAAUAUUUUUUGUUUCCAGUGUUUCCAAAAACCUUCAUGCACUGUUUUUAUUCCACUUUUUACAGAUUAUUGGUGCCUGUAUUGUGUUUUGAUAUUUUUUAUAUAAAACCAACUUCUUUUUUUAAUGACAAAAUUAUUUGACCCUUGGAUGUGGACACAAUAAAUCUGAUGUUUGUUGGCCUAUGUAUUUAGAGCACUUUGAAAUACGAUACAACAUAAUGUUGAAAAUGGCUAGGUAUUGAUUACUGGUUUGUGUCACCUGAUGUUUGUUGGACUAUGUAUUUAGAGCACUUUGAAAUACGAUACAACAUAAUGUUGAAAGUGGCUAGGUAUUGAUUACUGGUUUGUGUAACCAUUAUGAUUUUGUUACAUAAUCAUGAUGUAAUUCAGUUAAUAAAACAACAACCAUCACCGUUUGAAAUAUUUACAUUUGAUGAUGAUGGUUUUAUUAUAACUUUUUUAAAAAUAAAUAUAUAAAUCGUGUUGAGGAAGGAAAUCUUGAUAUGAGUGUCCGGAACUUUACUCAGUCAGCCCCAACUAUGGUGGGGCUGAGCUUAAUGUCGACUCACCAAACAUACUCAGACCGAGGUGGAUGUGGACUCGGCCUCUAGCCAGCAAAACCUCCUAACUUGAAAGCUAAGCAUUUUUAAGACAAAAAUGUCAACACCCCCCUCCCCCCACUCCGCUCAUUGCUUUGCAUUUUGCCCUUGCCUGCUAUGUCCUUAAGAUUGGUACUGGCCAAAAAUUCUUUCAACAAAUCAAACUGUCAGCUCUGGAUUACUGCACAAAUCCAGUUUUAAAUUCACGUACCACGCCCAUACACAAUUCAGCACCUUACCAUUUAUCUAUAAAUAAUGAUUUUUGGUAAGAAUGGGUGUUUCUAACAAAAUAAUGUUUGCUAGAAUAAUUUUAUAGGCAUAACUUUAUUGGAAGUGCCUUGAAUAGCUGGUUGUUUCAUUUUUAAUUAUUAAAGAAUCGUGCAGCUCGUUUUUGAUUAAAGAGGUUGAUAUGUUUUCAACAGUAGACGCCAAGAUAAAGUAGGAUAAAUUAUUGUGUAAUGCGAACCUAUUUGAUCGGACACAGUUUGUAUCCUAUUUAAAAAUAUUAACAGGAUAUUGAAUUUUGGUAAAGUGUACUUGCUGAAUGUAUUGUAAUUAAAAUAUUGCCUACACAAUACUUAUGUUACUUUAGUAACAUAAAGAGGAAAA